UCACCCUCCCUUGAGAAAUGUCAAAAGUUAGUUUCUUUUUCCAAACUUCAAACACCAUACAGUUAUGAAUUAGAAGUGGGCGAGGAGUCGGAUGUUAUUGAAGAAUCUCAUUAUAGUAAGUGCUAGAUAAUAAUGGGCCAAACAAAAAGUCAAUUCAGCGAAGAGGAGUUGCAGGAUUACGAGGAUCUAACAUUCUUCACUAAAAAGGAAAUAUUAUUUGCACACAAAAAAUUCAAACAAUUGGCACCGGAGAAGGUGGGACACAAUAAAAAUGCUAAAUUGUCAAUGAAUAAAAUUUUGCAAUAUCCGGAGUUGAGGGUGAAUCCUUUCGGCGAUCGGAUAUGUAAAGUGUUUAGCUCCAGCAACGAUGGCGACUGUACAUUUGAGGACUUCCUUGACAUGAUGUCUGUAUUCAGUGAUGCCUGUCCCAAGGCUGUUAAGGCCGAACAUGCAUUCAGGAUUUUUGAUUUCGAUGGUGAUGAUAUGUUGGGUAUAAACGACCUGAAGCAAGUUAUCGAACGUUUAGUGGGUCCCGACAAUUGUGUGAGCGACAAUGAUAUUAAGCAGUUAAUCCAAAAUAUACUGGCCGAAGCUGAUCUAGAUGAUGAUGGUGCUUUGUCGUUUCCAGAAUUCGAACACAUCAUUGAUAAAUCCUCCGAUUUUAAUAACUCGUUUCGUAUAAGACUGUAAAGGGAAAGGACUCUUCCGAUUUCGAAUAAAAUGAUUCUCUUUUACCAUGCUUUUUGCACUUCUUAGCUGUAGAUACACAGAAUAUAACAAACUUGUGAUUUCUUUUGUUUUGUUUCAAUAAAAUCAUUUUGAAAAUAACA